AUGUGUCGCCGCGAUGCGGAUGCAAUGGGCGCGAACCUCGACAUUGCCAAAGGCCGUGAGGUUCUGCCCAAGAAUGUCAAGCCUCUCCACUACCACCUGACUCUGGAGCCCAACCUUGAGACCUUCGAGUAUGAGGGUAAAGUUGUCAUUGAUCUCGAUGUCGUCGAGGACACCACAUCCAUCUCGCUGAACACAAUCGACCUCAACAUCAAAUCCACAGAGGUCCACUCAGGCUCGAAGCUCAUCGCCUCAUCUCCUAAGCUCACCUACGAUGAGAACACCCAGACCACCACCGUCUCGUUCCCCGACACCAUCCCCGCCGGGCACAAGGCCACCCUCACACAGACCUUCACCGGUACUCUCAAUGCCAACAUGGCCGGUUUCUACCGCUCGAGCUACAAGGGCGAAGACGGCAGUGACAAGUACAUUGCCACCACUCAGAUGGAGCCUACCGAUGCUCGCAGAGCUUUCCCCUGCUUCGACGAGCCUGCAUUGAAGGCCGAGUUUACCAUCACCUUGAUUGCCGACAAGAAGUUGACCUGCUUGAGCAACAUGGAUGUCGCCAACGAGAAGGAUGUUCACGAUGGCAAGAAGGCUGUCACCUUCAACAAGAGUCCUCUGAUGUCUACCUACCUUUUGGCUUUCAUUGUUGGUGAGCUUAACAUGAUCGAGACCGACGCCUUCAGACUUCCUGUUCGUGUGUUUGCAACCCCUGACAAGGACAUCGAACAUGGUCGUUUCUCUCUGGAGCUUGCUGCCAAGACAUUGGACUUCUACGAGACCAAGUUCAACAGCAAGUUCCCUCUACCCAAGAUGGACAUGGUCGCCAUUCCCGACUUCAGCGCUGGCGCCAUGGAGAACUGGGGUUUGGUCACCUACCGUGUCGUUGACCUCUUGUUCGACGAGAAGACCAGCGGUGCUUCCACCAAGCAGAGAGUUGCCGAGGUUGUGCAGCACGAGCUUGCUCACCAGUGGUUCGGUAACCUCGUUACCAUGGACUUCUGGGAUGGUCUCUGGCUCAAUGAGGGUUUUGCUACUUGGAUGUCUUGGUACUCCUGCAACGAAUUCUACCCUGAAUGGAAGGUGUGGCAGGGCUAUGUCACCGACAACCUCCAGAGUGCCCUGGCUCUCGACUCUCUCCGAAGCUCUCACCCUAUUGAGGUUCCUGUCAAGCGUGCAGACGAGAUCAACCAGAUCUUCGACGCCAUCUCAUACUCCAAGGGCUCUUGCGUUCUUCGCAUGGUCUCCAAGUACCUGGGAGAGGAGACAUUCAUGGAGGGUGUCAGACGUUACUUGAAGAAGCAUGCCUUUGGCAACACCCAGACCAACGACCUCUGGGCUGCCCUCAGCGAUGCUAGCGGAAAGGAUGUUGAGAAGAUCAUGGAUAUUUGGACCAAGAACGUCGGUUUCCCCGUUGUUAGUGUAACUGAGGAUGCCAAGAACAACUCGGUUCACGUCAAGCAGAACAGAUUCUUGCGCACCGCAGACGUCAAGCCUGAGGAAGACAAGAUUCUCUACCCUGUGUUCCUUGGUCUUCGUUCCAAGGAUGGUGUCGAUGAGGAGCUUACCCUCGACGGCCGUGAGAGAAGCUUCAAGGUCAAGGACCUCGAUUUCUACAAGAUCAACGCAGACCACUCUGGUAUCUACAGAACCUCCUACUCCCCUGAGCGUCUUCAGAAGCUUGGCGAGGCUGCCAAGAAGGGUCUCCUUACUGUUGAGGACCGAGCUGGCAUGAUUGCUGAUGCUGGUGCUCUCGCUGCCUCGGGCUACCAGAAGACCUCUGGUGUCCUUUCUCUGCUUCAAGGAUUCGACACUGAGCCGGAGUUUGUUGUCUGGGAUGAGCUUACUGCUCGUAUCGCCUCGGUUCGCGCAGCUUGGGUCUUCCAGGACGACAAGGUUAAGGAUGCACUCAAGGCUUUCCAGCGUGACCUUGUUAGCAAGAAGUCGCACGAACUUGGAUGGGACUUCAAGGAAAGCGACGGUCACAUUGAGCAGCAAUUCAAGUCGCUUCUCUUCAGCAGUGCAGCCCUUGCUGGUGACGAGAAGACCAAGAUCGCCGCCCUUGAGAUGUUCGAGAAGUUCAAGAACGGUGACAGAUCGGCCAUCCACCCCAACUUGCGUGCUGGUGUGUACGCUAUCGUUCUGCAGAACGGUGGUGAGGCAGAGUACGACGCCAUUUUGAACGAAUACAGAACCGCCAAGAUUGCCGAUGAACGCAACACAGCAUUGCGUUCAAUUGGACGUGCUAGACAGCCUGAACUCAUCAAGCGCACACUUGCUAUGGCCCUGAGCAAGGAGGUCAAGGAUCAAGAUAUCUACCUUCCUCUUGGUGGACUCCGCUCGCACAAGGAGGGUAUCUUGGCUCUGUGGAGCUGGGUCAAGGAGAACUGGGACACUAUCUACAAGAAGCUUCCCCCUGGUCUCAGCAUGCUAGGCAGUGUUGUCAGCCUGUGCACCAGUAGCUUCACCAGCGAGAAGCAAAUCCAGGAGAUUGAUGCAUUCUUCAAGGAGCGCAGCACCAAGGGCUUCGACCAGAGCCUGGCGCAGAGCUUCGACGCGAUCAGAGCCAAGGAAGGAUGGUUGAAGAGAGAUGCCGAAGAUGUAGAGGCAUGGCUCAAGGCCAACAAGUACUUGUGA